AUGGUAAAUUUUAGCCUACGACUGCGCGAUAAUAUCGUUGCCGAGUGGCGUACCGAGUACCUUGACUAUGAUGGGCUUAAGCGUUUACUGGAACAUCAGCAGCAGAUCGAUGACAUGUUGUUCGCCGCCGCAUCAUCAAGCAGAACAAUGGAGAUUCGAUCAUCGUCUGAAGACAUGGAGACAAAUGAAUUGAUUAGCCACCGCAAAGGGAAAAGUAGUAGAACAAUAUUUUUUGAAAACAUCGGCAAUAAACUUGCGUUUCUUCGGCUACAUGGGACUCCACCAACUUCAACUGGGUCGGAACAACUGCAGUCGCUGCUUUCAUUGCCCGUUGCUUUUGAAGAAGCGCUACGUCACGAGUACAACAAGGUGGAACAAGCUUAUAUACAUCAUAUAGCGCAGCUUAGUGAGCAGCUUGAUAUUCUGCACAAACAGUACCGGGAGAAUGCUCCUGCUUCAGCUCAGGAAUCGCUAAAAAAUGCCUUGGUUGAGCUGCAUCGUAUGUUAACUUUGCUGCACAACUUUGCGCUGCUUAAUUACACCGGUUUUGUAAAGAUAAUUAAGCGCUACGACAAGAUUGCAAGCUUUCCAUCAGAUCAACGUGAGGAGCAAAAAGCUCAAUUACAGACAUUUGAGUUCGCCAAAGCACAGCGAUGUUCGGACCUUUUAAAGCGAUUAGAGCAGUCUUUUGCCGAUUGGUUUUGCGAUGGAAACAGGACUGUAGCAGUGGCAACAUUGAUGACCAAAAAGGAAGAUUUCGUAAAUUGGGGUCACAUUUAUCUUGGCAUCAAAGUUGGCUCGUGUCUCAUUCUUUUAAUUUGGGUAUGCUGGGACUCUCUUGUGGUUCCCACAUUUCAUAGUAAUCGUCACAGCCACUUUAUCGACCUAGUACGUACUCGCGCUUAUCCAGUCUACCGUGGAAUUGGCUGUCUACUACUGUUGCAUUGGCUAGUUGGAUUGUCACUAUACGUCUGGCGCGCGGCUCGAAUCAACUAUCGCUAUAUUUUUGAAUUGAACCCGCGGCGAGCUCAAUCGUAUCCGCAAGUGUUCAGUGAUGCCACCAACAUGGCCAUCAUUUAUUUGUCAAAUAUCCUGUUGUAUUACAAGGUUGUAAACGGCUAUUUUCCAGAGGAGUUACUACAUCGUGGCUACUAUCCUUUGGCGCUGUUUGUGUACACAUUUUAUUUCUACGCGAUUCGUCCGUGGGGGCAGCAAAUUGGCAUGUUACGAACUGUGUGGGAAGUUGUCUGCUCGCCGCUAUAUUCCGUGACAUUUUUUCACACUUUUGUGGGCGAUUACUUGACAAGCACCGUCAAGAUUACACAAGAUGUGACAUGGUCAGUUUGUUUUUUUGCUACAAAAGAGUUUUUGCGCAAAGAUGCAAUUCCACCCAACGAAGGAUCGUUCUACUCGACUUUGGAUGAAGAUACAUGUGCGAACAAUGUGUACUACGUAAAUGGUGUAGUGCCAUUGGUUUGUGUGCUUCCAUUAUGGUGGCGCUUCUUGCAAAAUCUUCGCCGUGUGUACGAUACGAAAACGUGGUGGCCUCACUUACCAAAUGCUGCUAAAUAUGCUCUGACACAAGUUGUUGUCCUCUUUGGGUUGUUCCAUCCUUUGCACAAUAGCGACGAAGACGCGUUACAAGCGCGGAUGUUUGUAGUCGAGUGGCUCUUUUUGUUCACAGCAAGUUCACUUUAUGCUUGGAUCUGGGAUGUUACAAUGGAUUGGGGACUUGGUAGACCACAAUUUCAUUUCUUGGCCGACUCGCAAAUGUUUUCGCACCAAUGGGUAUAUUACGCAGCAAUUAUUGCCGACCUUUUCUUACGUUUUGCAUGGACUCUGACACUUAUUCCACCGCGUGGUGCUGCUCGUUGGUUGCCUCUGUACUUGCAGCCAUUUACGAUGAUUCUCGAGUUGUUCCGCCGCACAUUUUGGAGCUUUUUUCGAUUGGAAAAUGAGCAUCUGCGGAACACGCAGGGCUUUCGUCGUGUCGAUUUCAUUCCAUUGCACUACGACCAUGGAGUUGGCGAAGAGAACAAGAAGCGUGACGACGUGGAGCAGCUGGACUUUCGGAUUUUCAUCCUUAAAAUAUUGGCGGUGCUUUUCACCGUCUUGGGUCUCAGCGUCGUUGCAAUUGUCAUCGAACGCUGA